UUCAUGCACUAAAGUUAACGGAAAGAUCAACGAGCUUUUCGGUUCAAUUUUUCAAUUUUCAGUUUUUCAUGAUGAUCCGCGGUUUAGUGGUGUGCAAACAAUUAUCACUCGCUGUGAUAGUGAGCAUAAGCAUUGCCCACUGCGAGCCUCCGUUAAGCAAUCAAUAUGGCGUCCCAGGGAAUUACGCUGGCAACAACAACAACAAUAACAACAACAACAAUAUUAACAACAACAUCAACAACAACCAUGGAUCGUCGAAUGGUGGAAACGGUGGCUUCGAUAACCAUGGCAAUCAUCAUUAUGAUAAUGGGAAUGACAAUGAUUACGACCAGCCGAUGUCCUACGAGUUUGGCUAUGCGGUGAAGGACCAGGCGACCGGAAACGAUUUUGGAAGACGAGAGAGCAGCGACGGUGAAACUGUACGGGGCGAGUACAGAGUACAACUACCCGAUGGUAGGACGCAAAUAGUCACUUAUACUGCCGAUUGGAGGACGGGUUUUCACGCGGAUGUCAGGUACGAGGGUACGGCGAGCUACCCUGACCAAUACAACACUCAGAACAACGGAUACAACAACAACAACAACAACAACAACAACAAUCAAGGUGGACCUGGGUUUGGCUAUCAGGGCAAUAAUAUUGGCGGAAGCAAUGGAGGGUACAAUUACCAGACUCCCAAUGGCAACUACAACAAUGGUGGGAAUUAUAAUAAUGGGAACAACUACAACAACAAUGGCAACAACUAUCAGUUCGGUUCCAACGCCCUGGACAACAGCUAUAAUAACUUCGGUUCUCGCAACGGUUACAAUUCUAGAGUUCCGUCGCCCACGUAUGGGCCUGCCUUCCAUUGACUAUAGUACAAUUUGAAUUGAUUAGGUCCUAAGCAUUAGGAGGGGAGGCGUUUUGUAAUAUUUGCUCCUUUUAUAAUAAAAAUAUUUUAUACUUUCUUA